AUGUAAAAAACUGAUUUAUUUGGUAGAGAAAAUUAAGGGUAGAACUAUGAUAAAUACCGCCCAAAAUACCCUAGUAAAUUUUUUGAGUUAAUACUCCAAAAUCUAAAUAGUAAAGAAAAUUACUUGGAUGUAGGAUGUGGUACCGGAUAAAUGCUUUUUAAGCUGAAUUCUCAUUUUAAAUUUGCUGUAGGGACUGAUAUAUCAGAAAAAUAAGUAUCUGUAGCUAAUGAAAAAAUUGCAAAUAAUUAAGAAUACAGUAAUGUUAAGGUAAUAUAAUGUGAUGCAAAUAAUAUAAUAUCUAGUCUUGAAAAAAAUUCUUUACCUCUAAGCUAUGAUUUAGUUACUGUAGGAUAAGCUCUUCAUUGGUUUGAAGUUGAAAAAUUUUUACAUCUAACACAAAGUAAAAUUUUAAAAUAGAAUUAGAAUAGUAGAUUUGCAACAGCUGCAUAUUACUGGGAUGGAUUCGAUAUAGAUAUUAAUGAUGAGUUGCUGAGUGGAAAAUAAAUUCAUGAGUCAUACUAUAACUAAAUUAAUGAUUAUUACGAUUUCGAUAGAGACAAUUUAUACACUAAUUAUAAGUACUACCCAUUUAACAAAUACUUUGAAUAGAUAUCUGAAGAUAGUUUCGUUGAAAAAGAUAUUUUUUAAUUAGAUGAUUUAGUUAGAUAUAUGAAAACUAGUAGUGCUUAUAAUACUUUAGUAGAAAAAAAUUCUAACAAUCCAUCAUUUGAAGAUCCAACAAUCAAAGCUUAAAACUAAAUAUUAGAAAAAAUAAAUGCUUAUAAAAAAUAGCAUAAUCUCAGUGAAGACACUCCUUAUAAGAUUUUAAGAAGGACAUACUAUUUUUUAAAAGUAUUUAGAAGGAUUUGA